AGAAGAGAAACCCGUCCCCCCAGAAAAAAAAAAAAAAAAACGAACAAGAAAAAAAGGAGGGAGAGGAAAAUAAGUUAGCUUCGGCUCUGAGAAUUGUUCGGGUGAUCUCUUUCUCAUUGGAUUUCGCUCUUCUCGUUCCUCGCUGAAGAUUUCUUUCUGAAGGAAUCGAUCGGAUCGUUUCUGUCGACGAUAUGUUAGUUUUGAUUCGAUUCUUUUAUUGCUACUGGAGAUCGGGGUUUUGGACGGUGGAUUACGGUCUCUGAUUUCCUUUCUGUCCUGCGUUUUUGUUCAGUUGGAGAAUGCGCAGGUGAUCGACGAGCUGGUUGAGUAGGUGUGUUCUGUGGUUCUUUCAUGAACUUUAUAGAACGUGCUGACCGUUGGUAGAGAUGCAGAAGCAUGGAUCUCUUAAAAGAAAUGUUAAUCCAUUGCGCAUAUUUUCACGACAUUCCGGUAAUCAUUCAGGCAGUAGGUCUCCCAGGGUAGUGACUGAGCAGCAGUCUUCCCCUACUGUUCUUCCAGAGAAAUGUGGCAGUGUAAGAUCCAUUAGAGCAAGUGAAGGGAAUGUUCUCAAUGAAGAUCUUGAUAAGAUAAAGGUGCAUGAACACAGAAUUGACAUAGGAGAUGAACAUUCAGAUUUGUUAGGUUAUGUGGUGGUCUCAGGCAAGCUUUUCUUGGAUAAGAAAACUCGCAAUACAAAUGCUGAUGUGCAAAUUUCCAAGGAAAGUAUAGAGCAAAAUGGAUUUGAUGCUAAGCUUACGAGCAAGGCAUUAAUUUGGGGGACUCACACCCUUUAUAUCAAUGACAUAAUUUCUGUCUCCUAUAAUAGUGGACUCAGACAUUUUACAGUACAUUCAUGUCCGAUACAGCGGAAACCAUGUGGCCUUUCUUGCUUUAUAAAGCCUAAGAGGUGCAGAAAGGACUUCAGAUUCUUGGCCUCUACCUCAGAAGAGGCCAUUAAGUGGGUCAGUGGUUUUGCAGAUCAGCAAUGCUAUGUGAAUUGCUUGCCUCAUCCAGUAUCUUCCCAGAGGCAAGGAUCUGAUGUGGUUUCUAGUGAUUUCUUUGCUGAGCCUUACAUUAUGCGCAAAAAACCUCCAACAUUGCUCGUCAUACUGAAUCCACGCUCUGGACGUGGUCGUUCAAGCAAAGUUUUCUAUAGCAAAGUGGAACCCAUAUUUAAGCUUGCAGGUUUCAAUAUGGAAGUUGUCAAAACCACGUCACCUGGUCAUGCAAGGACUCUUGCUUCUACUGUUGACUUUAACACUUGUCCAGAUGGAAUUAUAUGUGUUGGAGGAGAUGGAAUUGUUAAUGAGGUUUUGAAUGGUUUGCUUUGCCGAAAGGAUCAGAAAGAAGCCAUUUCAAUUCCAAUUGGCAUAAUCCCUGCUGGUUCAGAUAAUUCACUUGUUUGGACUGUUCUGGGAGUCAGGGAUCCUGUAUCUGCUGCAAUAACUAUAGUGAAGGGGGGCCUUACGGCUACUGAUGUUUUUGCUGUUGAGUGGAUACAAAGUGGUGGAAUACAUUUUGGAAUUACUGUUUCAUAUUAUGGAUUUGUUAGUGACGUACUGGAGCUCUCUGACAAGUAUCAGAAGCGUUUUGGUCCUCUCCGCUACCUAGUUGCAGGGGUUCUCAAAUUCUUAUGUUUGCCAAGGUACAGCUUUGAAGUGGAAUAUCUUCCUGUAUCAAAGGCUAUAUCAGAUGUUGAAGGGACUCUUGCAGCACAUGGAGAUCCUCAAGAUUCAUCAAUCUUGUAUCCAGAUAUCAUGAGGAAGUCUACCAUUGCUGGAAUCACUAGGGCAUCAAGCUUAUCAAGUAUCGACUCCAUUUUGACUCCAAGUAGAAUGUCAGGAGAACUAGACACAACUUCCAGUACUAUUGCUGGCAGUGAACCUUCAGAUUUUGUGCGUGGUAUAGACCCUAAAGCAAAGCGUAUGUCUUUUGGUAGAAGCAAUGCAACCCAUGAACCCGAAGAAGUUCUUCAUCCUCCGGCGCUAUCAGCAACCCCUAGUCGGCCAAGGACAAGAUCAAAAUCAAGGACGGAAAAGGGUUGGACUCUUACUACCACAAAUGAUUCACGGGGAUCGUGGGCGCAUGCAGCAGGUAAUGACAAAGAAGAUAUUUCAUCAACCCUGUCAGAUCCAGGGCCAAUUUGGGAUGCAGAGCCAAAGUGGGAUACUGAUCUCAACUGCUUUCCUGAAGACCCACUUCAGUUUCUGGGGCUGGGUGGCGAUACAGAAGCAUGUAAACAUGAAAUUCCGAAACAGGAGGAAAAGUGGAUUGGUCAGAAAGGCGAGUUUCUUGGUGUUUUGCUCUGUAACCAUGCAUGCAAGACUGUGCAAAAUCUGAAUUCGCAGGUGUUGGCCCCGAAAGCAGAGCAUGACGACAGGGCAUUGGAUUUGUUGCUAGUUCAUGGAAAUGGCAGGCUGAAGUUAUUGAGAUUCUUUUUGCUAAUGCAAUUCGGCAAACACCUCUCACUGCCCUAUGUGGAGUACGUACAGGUAAAGUCAUUGAGACUUAAACCUGGGAAAAAUGCUCAUAAUGGGUGUGGCGUAGAUGGUGAACUACUUUCCAUGAAGGGUCAGGUUGUUGUUUCACUGCUUCCUGAACAGUGCAGACUGAUUGGUCGUCCAGCCCAGGACCGUGUAUAGUGAUCUUCUUUUCGAGCCGUUGCUUCUGAAGAGGUCUGCUCUACUUCCACUUCCAGCAACCACUACGCUGUUGGAACAUUCAAUCUAUUGUACCUCUUCUUUUUACCUAUUUUGAUGCUCAUGUAAAUUAAUGUUUCUUCAGCCCUAUGAGAGUCGAUUCUUUUUCCCGUUGUAUUUUCCUCGGUUUUUUUUUUUUUUGAGUUAGUCCGGAAACUGCAGUGAGUAUCAAUGUACAUUUUUUUGGCCUCAUCUCCUGUAGUUCCGAGAUAUUAUUCCGUGGUGGGAUUUUCCUUAUGCCUAGGACUCUGGUUUUAAAUGUUUUAACAGACAUUUUUUGCGAGUCUAUUUGUGACGAACCUGGAAUAUAAAAUAUGUACUGUUGUGGCGGAUUCAUCAAGAGAAAUCACUACAGAAAGUUGCACAGUUUACUA